AUGAAUUUUUUUAGAUUUAAUGUAAAAGAAGAUUUAUCUUCAAAUACUACAUUAAAAUCUUCUUCACAAAGAACGAUUCGAUUAAAAUUAUCAACUCAAAUGCCUUAUCUUUUACAUCCCAUCAACCAAUCUUCUGAAACAAAUACAACAACACCAAACUUACUUUGUCCAAAAAAAGAAAGUUUAAAUUUAUUAAAAUGUCGUGAUCAUGUUUCGAUUUUAAGUUGUAAUGGACAACUUUUAUUCUUUCAACACUUUGAUGGACCAUACUUUCCAACCCUAAAAAUCUUACACAAAUAUCCCCAACUUUUACCAAAAGUUCAAGUCGAUAGAGGAGCCAUCAAAUUCGUCUUAGCAGGAGCCAACAUAAUGUGUCCAGGACUAACAUCAGCAGGAGCAAGACUUCCAAAUGAUCUACCCAUCAAUGUACCUGUAGCCGUUCAUGCAGAAGGAAAAGAAUCGGCUUGUGCUAUUGGUUUUACUCAGAUGAGUGGAGAAGAGAUGAAGAAGAUUAAUAAAGGUGUAGGGGUUGAUAAUGUACAUUGGCUUGGUGAUGAUCUUUGGUGUAUUGAUAAAAUUUAA